AGCACCGAGGAGUGAGGGAUCGCGACUUCGGCGAACGUCGACCAGAGGGCGGUGGAUUGCCAACAACAUGGCCGUCUAACACAGACACCCCGUGCAAGUCUCCACGAAGGUGACCAGCCGAAUUUCGAGGAAGCAUUCAAGUUCCAACUACGAGACUGACGGACGCCCGAUCCUCACGAGCGAGACAAAGAGAAGCCGAUCAAACUGGCGCCGUUCAAGUUCCCGUUCUCGAAGAUGUCGAAGUCGCGCAGCAGGGACGAGAAGGACAGAGAGAAAGACAAAGAGACCGCGGAGCAAACCGCGGAUGGCGAAACGAGGGACACCAUCGAGGAAAAUGAGGAGGGAGACGGAAAGGAGGCCACGAAGGACGGGAACAAUGGAAGAAACGUGAACGACGACGUGGAGGACAACGCGAGGGGGCCGUAUGUUCAACUACCGGUGAACCAAUCGCAAUUGACCACCGAGCCAGGAUCCAAUUUAAGGUCACCAGUGUUUGCUUCCAACAGCUUGAUGGUGAGGAGCGAGCCAUCCAUUCGAAGCUCUCCUCCUCCAUCGUAUCAACACGUUAUCGAACAGAGACGUUUGGAGCACGUGGCCGAGGCGCAGGAGAAUCAGAACGCGAGUCAAGCGUCCGGACAGGACGACAGGAGAAGAGCACCGAAGAUACUUCAUAAAUCGAGCAAGCAAUUUUACAGAGCGAUGGCCAAACAGUGGGGCAUCACUUGCAAAAUGAGCGAUCACUGCAGAUGCUUGGAUUGUCAGAGCCGCUAUUUCGACUGCGAGUACGAGACGAACGAGAACCAGAAAACUGACGGCGGUCUUGGCGCCGGGACGCCGAUGUUCAUAUCCGAGGUGAUACACGGUUCCGCCUGCGUGCUUCUAUAAAACACCGGAAAUAAGCACGCGACAACAACAGGAUGGUCUUUGCGACUCGCAGAUGCUUUCGCAAGGAUGAGACGUUCACGUGAUCACGCACAAAUCCAGCUGACUGUUUCCCGAUGGACCAGAAUGAACACGAUGACCUCUUAACCGCGGUCCUGAUGCUUUGCAACGGAACGAACGGCCAGCUGAUUCUUCCCGAAUCAUCGCAGAAUGCUUAGAGCUAAUUUCGUAUAUUCAGAGCAUACGCAAAAUAUUUGUCGUGAAUUUUGCACUUGGGGACGGUUUGGUCGAUGUCUGAAGUCCAGACGAGCUCGUGACUAUUUUGGUAGUAAAAGAAAGAAUCUCCUGUUUUUAUUACGAAAGAUAUCAUUGAUUAAUUCGAAUAAUCGCUUAACAAUUACUUAGACCAAAAUUGGUUUGCAGCCCCCAAAUUUAAAUUCACGAAGAAUCUGGGACUAAGAGAAUUGUACGAAUACCGAGAUCAACGCACACGAAGGUGAGUCUCCGUUCGAACGAUCCCAACAGCCGCUAAUAUCGAAACGACCGUCGAUGAAAUUUGUAUAACGACGUUCGAUGGCCACCGUCUCGAUGUAACAA